CAUUCCUAACCACACAUGGUAUAAGUCAAUCCUUCGCCUUGGCCCAAGAUAGUCAACCUGCCUACCAUGUCGGCGGAUACUUGCCACGUUCAAAGCUUCUCAUCCAAGAACACAUUCGUCUUUCUUGUUGGCCCCCGUCGCGAGAAGUACACGGUCCACAAAGAUGCAUUUAUUCGCCUUGGUCCAGUUCUGUGGAACAUAAUGCUCGGAAACACGAAUACUGCGCGCGCAGGCACCAUGAACUGGAAAUUUGGAGACGAGGAUUUGUUCAAUUCCUUUUGCGAGUAUGCUUACUACGACACUUACACUUCGCCCAAGAUCCAUGACCCGAUCAGCGGGGAACCCUAUGAUAUGGACGAAUUGUUCUAUCCCGUUGGCCGUCUGGGCUCUCAACACGACUUUCUCUACAAGACUUUGUGGGAUCGGUACAGAUCGCCUUCCGGGAAACACGUCGUGAUGCGAGCCAAAUGGAAAUGGAUUAGCAGUUUUGAAUGGGAGGAGGACCGAAUCAACUAUCUGAUGAGGCAUGCUAAUAUGUACGUGAUCGGACUAGCUUACGGCAUCGAGAGCCUCAAAGUCCUGGCGCUCUACAAACUAGCAGAUGCUCUUAUGCACUUUGUGAGUCGAAGAACCAGCACUGUAAGCCUCGUAAAGCUGGCUGAUUUCACCUACGCCAAAACUAAGUCGGAAGAUGAACUGCGAGAACUGGUAUCGAUAUACGCGGCUUCGAGAUACGAAAGCUUGGUUAACUGUCCAUCCGUGGAAGACGCCUUCCUACGCAAUCCCGCGUUUUGCCUCGACACGUUAAAGCAAGUUGCUAAGCGCCGCCAAUUCGAAGAUCGCCUAUCGCAGCAUAAGUCUGCCAUCAAUGCGAAGAAGUUACGCAAAGAAGCCUCAACCAAAACAUUAGUCGGAACCUCGACUCAGGUAUCGGCAAAGAAAGAGGAGUCUUCUACUUCAAGAAAGUCUUCCAAAUCAAAAAAGGCUUCCAAGUCGAAAAAGUAUUAUAGUUCAAGUGACUAUUCUAGUUCAGGCGAGUAACUCGCAUGGGACUUAUCUCCUAAAAGAAGG